AAUAUGACGUUCAUCAUGUGUAAACACAUCAUAAACAAAAACUGAUUUCAUUUUUCAAUUCAAUCUUUUUCCUUCGUUAUUUUCACACAAAUCGGUAAAUUAUGGCAAGAUUGACGCCAGAUGCACGGCAGCGUCAGAUUGACACUCUGAAAAUAUUCAACGACAAUGUCAAUGAAGUAACACCGAACGAGGAAUAUUCAAUUGGCUUCAUGUCAUCGAAUCGACAAUUCCACUUAAACGUUUAUCUAUCUUCAAGUUUCCCAAACGAAAAGCCAAAAUUGCACAUUGCACCAUCGAUAAAUCAUCAAUGGGUAGACGGGACGACGGGGGAAAUACAAAACGCACCAGGUCUACUGAACUUUACAAUUCAUUCGGAUCUGGGACGUGUGGUGCAUGCCAUUAUACGCGAAUUUGAACGAUUUCCACCGUUGUUAUGGUCGAAUGAAAUGGUUACCAGUCCGAUGCAAGCUAUUACAUUACCAACCGUUGUGGAUAUGCCAGAACUGUCUGGACUAUCCAUCGAAGAGUUACGGUUGCUGGAUGAGAACGAAGAGCAUUUGAAUGAUUUUGUUGAAGAUAUGAGCGCCGUUCAAUCGUUGACCGACGAACUGGAUGGAUUGAUUGGCGAGGUGGAAGCAAUAACAGAUGGAAAUAUGUGCAAAAUGGACAAAUAUAAUGAGCUAAGACAGUCAAUAGCGGAUGGUUAUGCUAAGCUUCGAAAUGUUGGCGACAAGUGGGACGUUGCCAGUAAGAAAUAUUUGGAGAAAACCGAAGAAUUUUCACCUCUUCAUAUUAAAGAACUACUUCAAAUUGCUGUUUCAUCAGCGGAUACGAAAUGCGAACAGCAUGUCGAAAAUUUUCUCAACGGUCGAAUUGAUGUGCAAACCUUUUUGGACGACUACACGAAGUCAAAGAGAUUGAGUGCUCUGCGUAAAGCGAAAGAAGAACGACUGACCCAUCAACUGAAUGCAUUAGAAAGGGCGGCACAGUGAUCAUUGAUAAUUAUUUAUUUAUUUGCUUGAUGUGUUUCGCUGUGAAAUCAUUGUGAUAAAGGCCAAAAGACAGCCGCCGUGUGUAUUAUGUUUCUACAUUGUGAAUAAAAUCAAAUUAAAUUC